AUGAAAGCAUCUUGGGCGCAGAUGGGAGUGAAUUUUGACCGGGGGCCAAGUAUUGAUGAAUUAACUACAGCGUGUCAGAUGUGCAGAACAUGGUCUCGAGAUGAUCGGCUGCGUUUAGGGUAUCUAGCCAUCUACGCUGGCUUCAUCGAAGCAGCAAGAACCUCGUCACCCACACGGGCUAGCCUGACUAGGUUAGUGAUGGAUCUAGAUGCUUUUGAAGAUUAUCCGUGGGGAAGGGUAGCCUUUAAAUUCUUGAUGGAGUCGGUGAAGGGUGUAGACUUGACAAAGACGUAUGCUAUUGAAGGCUUUGUUCCGGUUCUUCAAGUCUGGGUCUACUGUUGUCUCCCUGAAUUCGGAGCUGGGUUUGGUCACCCUAUAGAAGGUUCUCCGACCCCACCUCUACUUUCCUUCUUAGGUGGCAAAGGCAAGGGAAGGCUCCAGGAGAAUAUGCUGAAACAUACUAGGACUAAGAACUUUACUAUGAAGGAUUACUCUGAAAUGUUCCCUCGCUGGGAUGGUGAGCUGGAAGAUGAGAAGGCUGAUAACAUAGUGAAGGCAGUGUUUUCUUCAGGCUGGGCAUGGGAACAAAGUCACUGGCCUCUUGUCGGAACAAAACUGUGGACAAAUGUGAAGGUGGAGAUCCAUCCGAUGAAGACAGAAGCUGGUCAGAUGAUGCAAAGCUUGAAGGCAGUGCCCCCUUCUCGCACACAGUCUGAUGCAGAAUCAAGCAAGAAGGCUCACAAAGCUAAGAAGGACAGCGCUGAAGAAAGCAAAGGUGAUGAAAGCGAUGAAAGCAAAGGUGAGGAAAGCAAAGGUGAGGAAAGCAGAGCCGAGGAAAGCAGAGCCGAGGAAAGCAAAGCUGCGGAAACAGCUCCCAAAGGAAUGACAACAAGAGCCAAAGCUAGAGACACCCAAGCCACUGUGAGUGAGAGUGAAAAUGAGAAUGGAGGCAUAAGUGUUGUUGUAGUAGAUAAAGAACAAUCAUGCUUUGAUUAUGGCUCUAUGAAAAAACUGAAACAAGUUGGUAAAGUGAGAGCUGCUCGCAUUGUGGCCCGUGCUAAGAGUGAGCGCACGGCAAAGGUUAUUAUACCUAACCAGCCGAAGCAAGGCCAGGGAUAUAACCCAUUUGCUAAUUUUGAUCGCCAAAAGCUCUCUGCUCUUCUUGAUUGGGUGAAACUUGACCCCAAAUGGCGACAGAAGGUCAAAGGUUCUUCAAGUCAUUGGUUCUACAUACUACUAACUCCUACAAAAUGGUUGAUUGACACGCACAUGGAUGCUGGCAUUAAUCUCUUAAGGCUCCGAUACACAAAGCACCCUGAAUGGUUUAGGUCCGACAGAUUUUGCAUUUUGGAUGCUGUAUUUACUCAAAUGUGGACAGCAAAGUACUCAGAGUUUCUGGCCUCUCCUGCCAAUCCUGACGGCUCAGGUAAACUACUCCCUCCUGGCGCCUUAGACUACUACACAGAACGAUCAUUGGGUAGCUUGCGGAUAUCAAUCCCGAGGAGACGCAUAGUGAUUUGGGAUAGUGAUCUUGCUUACGCUACGGAUGCAGAAAUUGCUAAGGCUGUGAAGCCUAUUGCACACAUGCUGCCGUACAUGCUGCGUAUGUUAUCUACCGGUGCGGAGAGGGAGUUGUACACAGUUGAUUUCACACAUGAGCGUGAAUCUGGGGUGCCACAAAACAAACAAAGUGGUGACUGUGGAGUGUAUUGCUUGACGUAUAUAGAAUGUCAUGCACUUGGCAUGCCAUUCCCACCUCAGGAGCUGUGUGAUAAGAAGAUCAAGACAAUCAGGUCUUAG